AUGAAGAGCGCCAGCCACAAGCUCGGUCUUGUUGGAAAAUGGUUUGGAUUUGUCGACGUCAAGGAGGAGGGAGAAGAGGAAGAAGAAGACGAUGGCAUUCUGGGCGAUGAAUUGGACGAGCCAACUGCGAAUGAAGGCGACAAUCCGGAGGCCCAGCAGGCGGUGGAAGACAUGGUCGGACCUCACCUGAUACUUCCGUUAUUGAGUCAUCUGCGGAACUUCUACUUCGUGGGGUCCCCGAGAGAUAUCGGGGCGGAUUCGCAAGCAAAGCUGAUUGUGAAAUUGGCAUCGAGGUCGGCAUCAAUACCCUCUCGCGGCCUCCUGGAAGGCAUGCGCCUCAGUUGUUCCACCGAGGGCCACUCGGCCUAUAGCAACGCCAACGGCCUGUCUCCAGAGGACACUCUGGUGCCACCGGAGUCUGUUUACCUGUCAUGGUGGCGAGAAUCCGUUUCAACCCAGCCCGGGCAGCACGCGCCGCGGCAUUCCGAGGACUGA